AUGAUAGAAAUUUCACACAAUCUUAAUUAUCCAUUAUAUCAUUUAGAAGAUGUACUUUUUCCAUUAUUCGAAAAAUAUUAUACAAAUGAUAGUUUACGUGUAACCAUUGAAAGUGCAAAUCAUAUUUGGUGUGCAUACGAAAAUGAUAAAUGUGUUGGUUGUGUAUUGAUUACUGAUAUUGGUUCUUAUGGUGGAUUGUAUGUUUUAUUAUUUGGUGUUAGAAAAUCAGAACAAAGACGUGGAAUUGGAACAUAUUUAUUAGAAAAUAUUAUUAAAUGGUCUCGUAAACAUGGAUAUAUGUUUAUUUAUCUUCAUACAGCAUAUGAUAAUGAAGAUGCUAUUAGAUUAUAUGAAAAAGUUGGUUUUCAAAAAGAAUUUCAUCAAUCUGAGUAUACUAAACAAUUACCACAGUGUGAAUCUGAUGUACUUCCAAUGAUGUUAUUUAUUUAA